AUGGCUCCUGAGGUGCUUAAAAGCAAUUAUGGUCCUGAAGUUGAUGUGUGGAGUGCUGGAGUUAUACUCGAUAUCUUACCUUGUGGUGUUCCACCAUUUUGGGCAGGUUAUAGCUCAGCAUUUGACGAUGGAGGAAAUUGGUGGCAUACAGGAGGGGGAUUUAAGCACAUGGAUAUUAACAAUGAAACGGAACAAGGAGUUGCACAAGCAAUUAUACGGUCUGUUGUAGAUUUUAAGAGGGACCCCUGGCCUCUGGUUUCUGACAAUGCAAAAGACCUUGUGAAGAAGACACUUAAUACUGAUCCAAAGCGGAGGCUUACAGCUCCGGAAGUUCUACAUCAUCCUUGGUUGCAAAGUGCAAAGAAAGCUCCAAAUGUUUCUUUAGGUGAAACUGCUCGGUCAAGGCUCAAGCGUUUCUCCCUUAUGAACAAGCUCAAGAAAUGUGCUCAAGAAAUUUAAAUUAACAGGUUAUAUCUGAGCAUUUGUCGAUGCAGGAAGCUGGUAGCAUAAUGCAGGGAUUUAAGCGCAUGGAUAUUAACAAGGGCAAGUUAACAUUGACGAGCUAAGAGUUGGUUUGCAUAAACUUGGCCAUCAAA